AUGCCCUCCGCUAAGCCCUUGUUCAACACCACCCGCCUCGAAGGCAAGACUGUCGUGGUUACCGGCGCAUCAGGCGGUAUUGGCGCUGCCACCGCUGUGCUCUUCGCCCGUGCCGGCGCCAACGUCGCACUCUUAGCCCGCCGACAAGACCCCCUAGACGAAGUUGCCAAGCAAUGCAAAGAAGAAGGCGCCGAAGGGAUCAAGAUUGUCACCAAGACGCUUGACGUCACUGAUAGGAGCGCGGUCGAUGGGUUGUUGCCCGCUUUGAAGAAGGAGGGGUUGGAGAGCUUUGAUGUGCUCGUCAACAAUGCUGGUGGAGCUAUUGGGACAGAAAAGGUUGGAGCUGAUGAUGACAUAGCUCUCUCGGACAUUGACUAUAUGAUCUCCACCAACCUUACUUCCCUCAUGCAAGUCACCCAAGUCUUCCUCAACGAGAUGAAGCAGACCAACACCGGCCACAUUAUCAACAUCGGAUCCAUCGCAGGUCGUGAGCCCUACGUCGGCGGAUCCAUCUACUGCGCCGUCAAGCACGCUGUCAGGGCGUUCACCACCUCCCUUAUGAAGGAGGUGGUCGCUACCGGGGUCAGAGUGACGGAAGUUGCCCCGGGAUUGGUGGAGACCCAGUUCUCGGUGACUCGAUUCAGAGGUGAUGAGGGUGCUGCGAAGAAGGUCUAUCAGGGGAUGAAGCCUUGUGACGAGGACAUUGCUGAAGAGGUCGUAUGGUGUGCGCUCCGACCUCCUCACGUCCAGAUUGCCGAGCUGUUGGUAUUCCCUUCGCAGCAGGCCGGCGCCACCAUCGUCGCCCGAGAUAGCUCAUAG